GGCCGCUGGGAUCCGGGGAAUCCCCGGCUCAGCAGUGGCGGGAGCGGGAGCGGUGGGUGUGCGGGUGACCGGAGAGAGAGAGGCGAGAGGUAGCGAAGCCAGCGGCUCCGAGCCACACCGACCACGGGGAGAGACGGAGGGGAGAGAGAGGCACCAUGACAGAAAGUCAACUGGAUGAACCCCUAAGCCAGGAGACCUUUCGGGAGCUGUGGAACCAGCUCGAGGUACCAAGUGCCAACGUGGGCCUGGACAAUGUCUUCCCAAUGCUGUCGGUGCUCACUGACCUGGACCUCCAGAUGGACGAGCUGGGUGUGGGGAGCGGCGACGGUGCUCCCAUUCCAGAGAUGUCGCUCCCACUGCCGAGCUCCUCCCAGGCUGCGCCAGUAUCGAACCUGCCGCGAAUGCCCACCAACUCAGUCCUGGCCACAGACGACUAUCCGGGCCCUCACCAGUUCCAGCUGCAGUUCCAGCAGUCCAGCACUGCCAAGUCUGUCACGUGUACGUACUCCCCCAUCCUGAACAAGCUGUUCUGCCAACUGGCCAAGACCUGCCCGAUCCAGGUUCGCGUGGACUCGGUGCCGCCCCCAGGGACUCUGCUCCGUGCCACUGCCGUCUAUAAGAAGCCGGAGCACGUGGCCGAAGUGGUGAGACGGUGCCCGCACCAUGAACGCAACUCGGAGAACGAUGACGGCCCUGCCCCUCCCAGUCACCUGAUCCGGGUGGAGGCCAAUAGCCAGGCGCGGUACGCUGAGAAUUCAGAAACCAAACGACAGAGCGUCAUCGUGCCGUACGAGGUUCCACAGGUGGGCUCUGACUGUACCACUGUUCUCUAUAACUACAUGUGUAACAGCAGCUGCAUGGGAGGCAUGAAUAGGAGGCCCAUUCUCUCCAUCCUCACCCUGGAGAGCCCUGAUGGCGUACUUCUUGGCCGGAGAUGUUUCGAGGUGCGAGUGUGUGCGUGUCCUGGCCGUGAUCGGAAAACCGAGGAGGAGAACCUGAAGCGGCAACAGGAGAGCCUGGCUGUGAAACCGGGCAGCGCUGGGAGCAAACGCUCCCUUGUGGAAGUCUCACAUGGAACCACAUCACCACGGACCAAGAAGAAGAAAGUACUGCUGGACGAUGAAGUCUUCACGCUGCAGGUCCGUGGCAGAGAGCGCUAUGAGCUGCUGAAGAAGAUAAACCACGCGCUGGAGGUUCAGGACCUAGUCCCAGACACUGUCAUCGAGGCGUAUCGCAAACAGCAGAAACAUCGGCUGAAGGCAGCUCAGGACAAAGACGGGCCGGAGAUCAAGAAAGGGAAGAAGUUGUUGGUGAAGGAUGAGAGGGAUUCGGAUUGAGGGCACACCCCACCCCCGAGCUCUCCCACCUCCCUCCAUUCUCACUAAAGAUACUGCCAGACCUGCUUUUUUAAUCCUCACUGGGCCUCACGGUGUGACCAUCACUGACCAGAGUCAGCCUCUGGGUUUCACAUGCUGACCCAGUUCCCCAGUUACUGCCGGGAAUGCAUCUCCCUGCAUUCCCCCCGGGGCAGCUCAGUCUCCGUCUGUGUCUGUGCGCGCUCACUCUCUUUCCCCCCCCCCCCCCCCCCAAUAUCCCAAUCCUUCCUAACCCUUCCCCUCCCCCCAGGAACCAUCACCCAGGAUUAGGCACAGCCCAUUUGGCCGAUCCGUUCCCUGCUCUAUGGGGCCGGACCCCUCACCCUCUCAGUGCUGGGGAGGGAGCAGGGCGGAACAAUCUAGAACAUUCCAUGUGGCUCACUGGGCUACCAACACAAGACCCUUGGUGCCCCUUUAAGUCUUAAAGGGACCAUGUGGUCCACCAAAUGGGUCAUGGAAAAUAAAUUAAACUGAGCCAAGAAUAUUGACCCCAGGGACUGUGAGCUGUCUGUAUGUGUACCAGGCCCUGUGUAUUUGCAGGUCCUCAUGACCAUCUCCCUUGUGUUACAGUGUGCUUUUCCAUGUCUCUGUCUCCCUCUGUCCCCAUUUCUCUCUCUGCCUCCCCCCCCCCCCCCCAGCUCUGUCUCGCUCUCCCCCCCCGCUCUCUCCCCCCCGCUCUCUCCCCCCCGCUCUCUCCCCCCUGCUCUCUCCCCCCCGCGCGCUCUCCCUUUGUUUCUGUGUUAGUGUGUCUCCCUGUAUGUCUGUGUUUGGGACCUCUGUUACCCCACCCCCUCCCAAACCCAGUGAUCACAGUAAAAAGACACUGAGUUUUCUGACUGUCUCCCUAUUCCUCGAUUCCAAACUGUUGUACCCAGUGAUGGUGGGGACAGACUCUGAGACCCUGUCGUGUUUGUGCCGAUAAGUUUGUCACAGACACAGGAGUCCCUACUGACUUGGUCUAAAUGCUGUUUCAGUGUAACCACCCGCACCACAGUCAAUGGAGUGAAGUGUUAUCCCUCUCCCAACCCAUCCUCCACUCGAUAUCAGCUGAACAUCUGAAUGUGGCCAGUUUGCAACAGCACCCCUGACCUGCUGGUGCAGUUGGUGUUUGUCAGUGUCCAGUCCCCCCCCCACAUCCCACAUCACUCCCGCACAGACCUCACUGUGACACCUGUCAGGUUUGAGUUUCCCUUUAGCAGUUUAAUGUGAAGGGCUUUUGCCUGAAACAUCGAUUUCGCUGCUUGUUGGAUGCUGCCUGAACUGCUGUGCUCUUCCAGCACCACUGAUCCAGAAACUAAAAUCCGCUGUUUCAUUCCAUUCGGGAGACGGCACUUAAGGGGCUGCUAUUUGACUAGGGGAAGGAAUUACCCGAGAGCUUGCCCAGUCCUGGAUUCCUCACAUCUCCCACCAGUAACCAAUCCCCGGCUGUAUCAGCACGUCUUCUCUCUCUCUUCCUUGCUAUCGAGCUAAUUUUUAUAUUGAGCAAAUAAAAGAGAAUGGAUUUUCA